CCUCGCCCGGGAGCUGCGAGGCUGCGGGAGCGGUGCCGCAGUAGCCGCCGCAGCCGCCGCGGAGCCGCUCGCCCCUGUUCGAGCGUAGCUGAGCCGCGCCCGGAGGCCGGCCGAGGAGGCUGCAGUCGCAGCCAGGAGCCCGCAGCCCCCGCCUCGAGCCCGCCGCCGCCCUCCGAGGGCGCCCCAGGCCGCGCCAUGGUGAAGGUGACGUUCAACUCGGCUCUGGCCCAGAAGGAGGCCAAGAAGGACGAGUCCAAGUGCGGCGAGGAGGCACUCAUCAUCCCCCCCGAUGCCGUCGCGGUAGACUGCAAGGACCCAGAUGAAGUGGUACCAGUUGGCCAAAGAAGAGCCUGGUGUUGGUGCAUGUGCUUUGGACUAGCAUUUAUGCUUGCAGGUGUCAUUCUAGGAGGAGCAUACCUGUACAAAUAUUUUGCACUUCAACCUGAUGACGUGUACUACUGUGGAAUAAAGUAUAUCAAAGAUGAUGUCAUCUUAAACGAGCCUUCUGCAGAUGCCCCGGCUGCUCGCUACCAGACAAUUGAGGAAAAUAUUAAGAUCUUUGAGGAAGAAGAGGUUGAAUUCAUCAGUGUCCCUGUCCCAGAAUUUGCAGAUAGUGAUCCUGCCAACAUUGUUCAUGACUUUAACAAGAAACUCACAGCCUAUUUAGAUCUUAAUCUGGAUAAGUGCUAUGUGAUUCCACUGAACACUUCCAUUGUUAUGCCACCAAGAAACCUGCUGGAGUUACUUAUUAACAUAAAGGCUGGAACCUAUUUGCCUCAGUCCUAUCUGAUUCACGAACACAUGGUUAUCACUGAUCGCAUUGAAAACGUCGAUCACCUGGGUUUCUUUAUUUACCGACUGUGCCAUGACAAGGAAACUUACAAACUGCAACGCAGAGAAACCAUCAGAGGUAUUCAGAAACGUGAAGUCAGCAAUUGUGUUACAAUUCGGCAUUUUGAAAACAAAUUUGCUGUGGAAACUGUAAUUUGUCCUUGAACAGUCAAGAAAAACAUUACGGGAGAAAAAUUUAAUAUUGCAGCAUAAACCCACCCUUUGUAUUUUGUGCAGUGAUUAUUUUUUAAGAUCUUCUUUCAUGUAAGUAGCAAACAGGGCUUCACUCUCUUUUCAUCUCAUUAAUUCAAUUAAAACCAUUACCUUUUAAAAAUC